CCCAGCUGAUAGGGUGACGUUGGGUUUGGAGGCUUGGAGAUUGGCUUUUUGAUUUGGCUUCUUCCUGCAGCUUAAUGGGCAAAGCUCUCGGCUCGCCCAGAAACCAGACCCUCCGCGCGUCCCCUCCGCGCGACGAGGCCGAGACGAGUCCCGCGGUGACGGCGAGCAAGGCGGUGAGCCGGCGCGCUCCCAGCCCCGGGAAAGCCCCGGCGCCGCGACCGCAAGCCCCGGGCCCUCGGAGCCGCCAGGGCGCGCCGAGCCGCUCGCCUUCUUGCCCCUCCCGGCAGGGAUCCCCUCGCUGCCUGCGGCCGGGACUCCGGGCCUCUUCGGUGCUUAGUCCCGAGUCCGCCCCCGGGUCGGGGUUUUCCGGGGGGGUCUUCGGAGCGGUUCUCCCUGCUCCUUAAAACAGCGCCGAGGGACCCCUCCCCAGGCCCCCUGCUCUGGCCCCAGCCCUCGCACUCCGGAUGCGCUGCCCCGCAGCUUCCUGAAAGCCGCUGGCCCACGAGCCCGGCCGGUGGGCGGCGGCGGCAGACUGACAUGCCCCGGACGCGGCUGCGGCCGGCGGGCAGCCCGCGGGGGCGAUGAGCCGCUGCGGCCGGUGAGGAGCCCGGCGGCGGGGGCAUCGCGCACCUUCCUCACCCCCCUCACUUGCCCACCCCUCCCGGGAGAUCGAGAGGAAACGGUCUCUGGACUGUCAGGAGGACCAUUGGUGCUGCAGUGGAAGCCAGCGGCUAAGUCUCGUGUAUGGCGUGGUUAAGGUUGCAGCCUCUUACCUCUGCCUUCCUCCAUUUUGGGCUGAUUACCUUUGUGCUCUUCCUGAAUGGUCUUCGGGCAGAGGCUGGCAGCUCAGGGGAUGUGCCCAGCACAGGGCAGAACAAUGAGUCCUGUACAGGGUCAUCGGACUGCAAGGAGGGUGUCAUCCUGCCAAUCUGGUACCCGGAGAACCCUUCCCUUGGAGACAAGAUUGCCAGGGUCAUUGUCUAUUUUGUGGCCCUGAUAUACAUGUUUCUCGGGGUGUCCAUCAUUGCUGAUCGCUUCAUGGCAUCUAUUGAAGUCAUCACUUCUCAAGAGAGAGAGGUGACUAUCAAAAAGCCCAAUGGAGAGACCAGCACAACCACGAUUAGGGUCUGGAACGAAACUGUCUCCAAUCUGACCCUUAUGGCCCUGGGUUCCUCUGCUCCUGAGAUCCUCCUCUCUUUAAUUGAGGUGUGUGGUCAUGGGUUCAUUGCUGGUGAUCUGGGGCCUUCUACCAUUGUAGGCAGCGCAGCCUUCAACAUGUUCAUUAUCAUUGGUAUCUGCGUCUACGUGAUCCCCGAUGGAGAGACUCGCAAGAUAAAACACCUCCGGGUCUUCUUUGUCACUGCUGCUUGGAGCAUCUUUGCCUACAUCUGGCUCUAUAUGAUCCUGGCUGUCUUCUCUCCUGGUGUGGUCCAGGUUUGGGAAGGCCUCCUCACUCUUUUCUUCUUUCCAGUGUGUGUCCUUCUGGCCUGGGUGGCAGAUAGGCGACUGCUUUUCUACAAAUACAUGCACAAAAAGUACCGCACAGAUAAACACAGAGGAAUCAUCAUAGAGACAGAGGGUGACCACCCCAAAGGCAUCGAGAUGGAUGGGAAAAUGAUGAAUUCCCACUUCCUAGAUGGGCAUCUGGUGCCCCUGGAAGGGAAGGAAGUGGAUGAGUCCCGCAGGGAGAUGAUCCGGAUUCUCAAGGAUCUGAAGCAAAAACACCCAGAGAAGGACUUAGAUCAGCUGGUAGAGAUGGCCAAUUACUAUGCCCUCUCCCAUCAACAGAAGAGCCGCGCCUUCUACCGGAUCCAGGCCACCCGUAUGAUGACUGGCGCAGGCAAUAUCCUGAAGAAGCAUGCAGCAGAACAAGCCAAAAAGUCCUCUAGCAUGAGCGAGGUGCACACUGAUGAGCCAGAGGACUUUGUCUCCAAGGUCUUCUUUGACCCGUGCUCUUACCAGUGCCUGGAGAACUGUGGGGCUGUGCUCCUGACAGUGGUGAGGAAAGGGGGGGACAUGUCCAAGACCCUGUAUGUGGACUACAAAACAGAGGAUGGUUCUGCCAAUGCGGGGGCUGACUAUGAGUUCACAGAGGGCACUGUGGUUCUGAAGCCAGGAGAGACCCAGAAGGAGUUCUCUGUGGGCAUCAUUGAUGAUGACAUUUUUGAGGAGGAUGAACACUUCUUUGUGAGGUUGAGCAACGUUCGCAUAGAGGAGGAGCAGCCAGAGGAGGGGAUGCCUCCCAGAGUACUCAAUAGUCUUCCCUUGCCUCGGGCUGUCCUGGUGUCCCCUUGUGUGGCCACGGUCACCAUCUUGGAUGAUGACCAUGCGGGCAUCUUCACUUUUGAAUGUGACACUAUUCAUGUCAGUGAAAGUAUUGGUGUCAUGGAGGUCAAGGUUCUGCGGACAUCAGGUGCCCGGGGCACAGUCAUCGUCCCCUUUAGGACAGUAGAAGGGACCGCCAAGGGUGGUGGUGAGGAUUUUGAAGACACAUAUGGGGAGUUGGAGUUCAAGAAUGAUGAAACUGUGAAAACCGUAAGGGUUAAAAUAGUAGAUGAGGAGGAAUACGAAAGGCAAGAGAAUUUCUUCAUUGUCCUUGGUGAACCGAAAUGGAUGGAACGUGGACUAUCAGUGCUCCUGUUGUCUCCAGAGGUGACAGACAGGAAGCUGACUGUGGAGGAAGAGGAAGCCAAGAGGAUAGCAGAAAUGGGAAAGCCAAUAUUGGGUGAACACCCCAAACUAGAGGUCAUCAUUGAAGAGUCCUAUGAGUUCAAGACUACCGUGGACAAGCUGAUCAGGAAGACAAACCUGGCCUUGGUUGUGGGGACCCAUUCCUGGAGGGACCAGUUCAUGGAGGCCAUCACUGUCAGUGCAGCCGGGGACGAGGAUGAGGAUGAGUCAGGUGAGGAGAGGCUGCCCUCCUGCUUUGACUACGUCAUGCACUUCCUAACGGUCUUCUGGAAGGUGCUGUUUGCCUGCGUGCCCCCCACAGAGUAUUGCCAUGGCUGGGCCUGCUUCGUCGUCUCCAUUCUCAUCAUCGGCAUGCUCACAGCGGUCAUCGGGGACCUGGCCUCCCACUUCGGCUGCACCAUUGGCCUCAAGGACUCGGUCACGGCUGUUGUUUUUGUGGCGUUUGGCACCUCUGUGCCAGAUACGUUUGCCAGCAAAGCAGCCGCCAUCCAGGACGUGUACGCAGAUGCCUCCAUUGGCAAUGUCACGGGCAGCAACGCCGUCAACGUGUUCCUGGGCAUUGGGCUGGCCUGGACCGUGGCCGCCAUCUACUGGGCCCUGCAGGGACAGGAGUUCCACGUGUCAGAGGGCACGCUGGCCUUCUCUGUCACCCUCUUCACCAUCUUUGCGUUUGUGUGCAUCAGCGUGCUCUUGUACCGCCGGCGGCCCCACCUGGGCGGGGAGCUGGGCGGCCCUCGUGGCUGCAAGCUGGCCACGACUUGGCUCUUUGUGAGCCUGUGGCUUCUCUACAUACUCUUUGCCACGCUGGAAGCCUACUGCUACAUCAAGGGGUUCUGAGCCGCAGCAGCCCUGGAGAGGCAGUAUCAGGACCCGAGCCCCAGGAACUUCACCCGACUAGGCCCUGGCAGUGAACUGAAAGGGCGGAGUCUUAAUCAAUCCAACAGAAUGGAGGAAAUACCCAUUUUACAAAGUAUUUAAUUCAAUACAAACCAACAACAGCGACAAAUCCAACUCCAGCCCAUCUUCCCGCCAUGUCCCUGACCCAUAACAAAGUCAGACCCUUUCGCCACCUUCUGUUCCACCUUCUGAUUAUUCCUUUGCUUCUACUUUCCUCGGGGGCAGGGUUUCUCCUGUCUGUCCGGUUGGAUACAUCACCUUUCUCUCACUCCACUGGCGAAGCUUGAAAAUGAGUCCUAUCCACGUGGCUGGCUCGGGGUUCUCUUUUCAUUAUCGUGGUGGCUUUCAUUUUCCCAUCAGGUUUUGCUCAUCAUUUGUUUGUUCAUCUUGUCUUUUCUCUCUGAGGUUAGUGACAACGGUGCUGUGAAGGAGCUCAAGGUCUGAGCCGAUGGGUAGAGGCAUGAACUUGCAGACACACCCUCUCCCACUUGCACUGGGUAACAGCUGUCUCUUGCACCAUCGAGGUCCUUUCCCACCCCCCUCUCCGUUUAUUCUCUUCAUUCUUGAAUGGACUGGUGGCAUUUGGGUGGCAGUAAGUUUGCACACCCUGGCGGGGCACUAAAGAACGGGGGCUGUGGCAGGAGCACAGCUUUCUAUCAAGCUUCUGUCGAAAUCCAGUUUAAAACAAGAAGUCAUUUUUCUCUUCCCUGCCCGAGCUUUUCGAAUUCUGUCUCGUUGUGUCAAUGUCUAUAUGUUUACCCUUCUGCAGGAAGACCCACCAAGCGGGAGAUAGGGGACAAAAAUAGGAAUGGAAUAUGAUGACAUAGGGCAGCUAGGGAAACAGAAGGGCUAUAUGCCUUCUAGAACAUCUUUGGCUUCGUAUCUGAGGCAGGAGAGAUGCAAUGUCCACCUAGUGAGAUCUUUAAGGGAAAAGAUUAUAUUUAAAAUGUCAGUGCUUCUGAGAAAUGUCAGCUUUACCACACCCUCACUUCCUAAUGCACCAGAGUAAGAGCUCUGACUGUAUCUUUUGAUUUAAUGCAAAAACUUAGAGUUUUAUAAGAAAAUGAGAGCCUCCUUCCACGUCUCCUGGACUCUCCGGUCACAUUUGAAAGCAUUUUCACAAGACAGGAGCUGGAAUUCCUCAUCUCUCCCACAUUCCUGCUUGUUUUUAAACCUCUUGAAGCUCUUUUUCCAGACUGUGGGCUAUUUCUUGCCCCAGUAGGAGGAAUCGAAGCUGCCAUAAUCCCAUGGAGCCUGAGUUUAUAGAGAGAUUGGCGUGCCCUACAGACCUUUUCCCAACAAAUUUUGAAAGGACCUGGCUUUAAAACACACACACACACGCACACACAUACAUGUGCGCACGCACACACACACAAAUAACCACACAUAUGAAAUCACCAAAAGACUGCCCACAGAUCUUUAGGCUUUCUGCAUUGACAUAAAUACAUUUUUAAGGGAAAAGAAGAAAUUAAAAAACACCUGUUUAAUUUUAAACACAUUUUUUAAGAAAAAAAUAGCUGAAAAAGAAACAGUGUUCAUGUCAUAAGCUGUGUUGACAGUUGCCAGUGGAAAUGUUGGGUUGGUUUAAAAAAAAAAAAUAAAAGCUACACUUAUAUCUCUCUAAAGAC